AUGUCUGCCGUUAAGAGAUUCGCCGCCUCAGCUCAAGCCCACGAUGUCCUACAGACCCUCAAGGCAGACGGCAUUGUUGUUAUUGAAGGUGCAGCAAAGACAGCGACGCUAGACUCUGCUCUCCAAGAGAUUGGACCGCUGGCUGAUGGUCAAACCUUUGGUCUGAUCGCCAAGAGUCAAACCUUUGCCACCGAACUUUUAGUGAAUGGCCUCUUUAUUGAUCUUACUAAACGCCUCCUCACCGACACUUGCACAAUUUACUAUUCUGACGACAGAACCGUUUCUACUGCCGAGCCUCAAGUAUCUUUUACAUCUGCACUGUUCUCUAAGCCAGGAUCAUCUGGCUGGGGACUUCGUCGGCAGGACGAUUGCCAUCACACUAUCCAUCCCGCCAAACGAGAAACCGAUUUUGGUAUCGCCUAUGCAGCAACCGACAUCACGAAAGAUAACGGGGCUAUUCGAGCUGUCAUCGGCUCCAACAUGUGGAAAGACACUAGAGAUCCCGCUCCUGCUGAUGAGACUGAAAUCGAGUUGAAAAAAGGGGAUGCUAUUCUUUGGUUCCUUCUAACCGUCGGAAGUCUAGGGUCUGUCUUCUAUGGCCAGAAGCCAAACACCACCAACGACGCUAGCAUGUUGCUCAGCGCUUUCACGACACCAGGAUGGUGCCGCCAGGAAGAGAAUCAGUAUUUAGCCGUACCAUAUGAGAUUGUCAAAACGCUACCGAAGGAUAUCCAACGCUUUGUGGGAUAUUAUGUCAGUCUCCCUUAUGGAGGCGCGGUGGAACACAUGGAGCCACUUGACUUUCUUGCAGCUGAGGGGGAUUGGACUAAGUACAUUCCUGUAGAUUUAGUUUGA